AAGUUGAAUGCCUUUUCUACUGCAGUGUUGAUCCAAUGAUCAGUGGAUCACAGAUCCAACACAUUGUGGAUCCAACAGCUGGAACCGUCUACUUCCCAGCAUUCUGGUUGUACCGUCAAAGUAAAAGAUGACAUAUUUCACUUCUUGGGAAGAAUUUUCUAAAUCUGCUGAAAGACUUUACCUCAAUGACCCGAUGAAGUGUCGCUUUGUAACAAGUUACAGACAUACAGAUGGGAAGCUGAUGGUCAAAAUUACAGAUGAUAAAGUGUGUUUACAGUAUCGUUCGGAGCACGCGCAGGAUGUGAAGAAGUUGGAAAAAUUGACAAGUCACCUCAUGAGACACAUGGCAUCGAAAGAAAAGUGAAGGACAGAAAGAAUAAUGGCUGAAUGAUAUUUUUGUGCAAAAAGUGGAGUGAAAAUGGAUUUUUAAAAAUAGAAUGUUAUGGGGGUUUCUUUUUUCUUUUGGGGUUCAGGUUUAAUUUUCUGUGAGAUAUAGUCAAGUACAUGUGUGCCUGGUUUGCAAAAGUGAUUACCACGAAUGUUUCUAAACUUGGUACUGACUUCAGGAGUGUGUGGUGAUUUCAAUGCCCUGAUAAUGAGUUUUACAUUGACUGUGUUCUUUACAUUAAGGAGUCUUUGGUGUAUUUGAUACAGUGGUAUGGUUUGUAAUAUGUGGCAUAUAUUGUUUCUGUGGCUGAGUUGUACAAGCUAAAAGAAAGUGAAUGCAGGUAUACAUGUCCUGUGAAUGAGAGAAAAGAGUGUAAAUUUUAUGCCCUCACAGGUUUUUCUUUCUCAUCAAUUAUUUUAAUGUACUGAAUACUACUGCAAUAAAGUAGAAAUCAAUCAAAA